ACAUGGCUUACAAAAGAACUGUUUCUGUAGAAGAGGACACAAAGAAAAAUGAGAGUCUGAUUCAGGAAAAGAGAUCAGAUUCACCUGAACCUAGCUGUGUGUCCAUGAAGAGCGAUUGGUCGAUAGGCCGUCCCAUAGACUUCAAUGACAGAGACUAUACUCCUGAAAUGAGACUUGAAAAGAGUGAGUCAAACAUCACCCACAAAAGACAACUGGAGUCCAUAUUUAAGGAUCUGGAGCACAAAGUCAUCACUCUGUUAAAGAAUGAGUUGAAAAGAUUUAAGAAGUUCCUGGGUCCAGAUUACCCAGCAUGCACUGAGAGGGAGGUGGAGCAUGAGGAGGGUCAGGGCAGUGUCAGAGAGGGAGCGCUGAAGAUCACACUGCACGUCCUGAAGAACAUGAACCACACAGAUCUCGCUAACACACUGCAGAGCAGACUCGUCUCUGUGCACCAGCAAAAACUCAAAUCCAAACUGAGUGAGAAAAGUAAAACUAUUUAUGAAGCAAUCUCACAGCAUGGAAGCUCAACACUGCUGAAGGAGAUCUACACAGAGCUCUACAUCACAGAGGGUUGGAGUGGAGACGUCAAUAAUGAACAUGAGGUGAGACAGAUUGAGACAGUGUCCAGGAGACCAGCAACACAGGACACACCCAUCAAAUGUAAUGAGCUCUUUAAAGACAAGUCCAUCAGAAGUGUGCUGACUAAAGGAGUUGCUGGAAUUGGAAAAACAGUCUCUGUGCAGAAGUUCGUUUUGGACUGGGCUGAAGGAAAAGCAAAUCAGGACGUGACCUUCAUGUUUCCACUUCCCUUUAGAGAGCUGAAUCUGAUGAAGCAGGAAAGUCUCAGUCUAAUGGACCUCCUUCAUCAAUUUUUCCCUGAAAUAAAACAAUUAGAAUUAAUAGAUAGUGAUAGUCACAAAGUGCUGUUCAUCUUUGAUGGUCUGGAUGAAUGUCAACUUCCUUUAAAUUUUGUGACAAAUGAGAGAAUAUGUGAUGUGACGGAGGCAGCCUCAGUGGAUGUGCUGCUGACAAACCUUAUCAAGGGGAACCUGUUUCCCUCUGCUCUCCUCUGGAUCACCUCUCGACCAGGAGCAGCCAAUCAGAUCCCUCCUGAGUGUGUAGACCAGGUAACAGAGGUACGAGGGUUCAGUGAUCCUCAGAAAGAGGAGUACUUCAGGAAGAGGAUCAGUGAUCAGAGCCUGGCCAAUAAAAUCAUCUCACACAUGAAGUCUUCAAGAAGCCUCUACAUCAUGUGCCACAUCCCAGUCUUCUGCUGGAUCUCAGCCACUGUUCUAGAGAGACUGUUAAGUGGGGCAGAGAGUGGAGAGAUCCCCAAGACUCUGACUCAAAUGUUCACACACUUCCUGAUCUUUCAGAUCAAACACAAAGACCAAAAGUACCAUCGAAAAUAUGACCCUGAUCCGCAGCAGACCAGAGGGAGUAUCCUGGCACUGGGAAAACUGGCUCUCCAACAGCUGGAGAAAGGAAACCUGAUCUUCUAUGAGGAAGACCUGAGGGAGUGUGGCAUUGAUGUCAGUGAAGUGUCAGUGUACUCAGGAGUGUGUACCCAAAUCUUCAGAGAGGAGUUUGGGCUACGCCUGGGGAAGGUGUUCAGCUUUAUACAUCUGAGUGUUCAGGAGUUUCUGGCUGCUUUAUACACAUUUCUCUCCUUCAUCAACAGAAAUAUUGCAAAACAAGAAAACACUGAUCUUUCUGAUCUUUUCGUCAAAACAAAAAUGUCUAAUUUUCUGAAAAGUGCAGUGGACAAGGCCUUACAGAGUAAGAAUGGACACCUGGACCUGUUUCUCCGCUUCCUUUUGGGUCUCUCACUGGAGUCCAAUCAGACUCUCUUACGAGACCUACUGCCUCAGACAGAAAACAGCUUUCAAAGCAAACAGGAAACUGUUGAGUUCAUCAAGGAGAAGAUCAGGGAAAAUCCAUCUUUAGAGAAAUCUAUUAACCUGUUCCACUGUCUGAAUGAACUACAUGAUAAUUCUUUAGUGCAGGAAGUACAAUAUUACUUGAACAGAGGAGGCUACAGUCGUCUCAGGGGAGUCAGACUCUCUCCUGCUCAGUGGUCAGCUCUGUUGUUUGUGUUGCUGAACUCAGAAGGGACUGUAGAGGAGUUUGAUUUGAGGAAAUAUGACAGAUCAGAGGAAUGUCUUCUGAGGCUGCUGCCAGUCGUCAAAGCCUCCAGAAAGGCCAUGCUCUGUGCAUGUAACCUGACAGAGGAAAGCUGUAGAGCUCUGUCCUCAGUUCUCAGCUCAAACUCCUCCAGUCUGAAAGAACUGGACCUAAAUCACAAUAACCUGCAGGAUUCAGGAGUGAAGCUGCUCUCUGCUGGACUGGAGAAUCCACACUGUACACUGGAGACACUCAGACUGUACGGGUGUAAUCUGACAGAUGAGAGCUGUAGAUUUCUGUCCUCAGUCCUCAGCUCAGAGUCCUCCAGUCUGAGAGAACUGGACCUGAGUUACAAUAACCUGCAGGAUUCAGGAGUGAAGCUGCUCUCUGCUGGACUGGAGAAUCCACACUGUACACUGGAGACACUCAGACUUGAAUGGUGCAGUAUUACAGGUGAAGGUUGUGCCGCUCUGAUUUCGGCUCUGAGGUUAAACCCCUCAUCACACCUGAGAGAGCUGUAUCUGAGGUACAAUAAACCAGAAGAAUCAGGAGUCAAGCUGUUCUCUGAUCUACUGAAGGAUCCACACUGUACACUGAAGACACUACAAUUUGACAAGGUUUAAUUCUUAUCAGACCUGAGCGUGGUACACAGAGGAUCAUGAGGAUGCACAUUUCCUUGUUUUCUCAGCUCCCAACGCACCCAUCUGAUUUAACUAAUUAGCUGAUUAACAGCCUUUUCUGAUAGAAGUGGGUGUUGUACAGUAGAGCAGGGAAACACUAAAAUGUCCAGGACAGCGUUGGGAACCACUGGUGUACAACAUGUCACGACAUUGAAAUGAACAUUAAUCUUUUCAUUUAACAGCAACAAAAAACUGGUAAUGUGCAAAUAUUUGAUAAGUCAUUUAAUAGUUUUUUUUUUUUUUUCAGUUUAUAUGAUAUGUUGGUGUCUUUCCCAUUCAUAUGUUGCAGAAAGUAAAACUUUGUGCUUUAUUAGACUUUUUAAAUUUGUUAUAAUAUCAGGAUAUCAUUUUCUUCAUUGCAGGAAUUUGUUCAUUAAGCAAAGCUAUGCACUGUUUAAAGUAAAAGAGAAAAAGUGAAAUAAAGGGACUUUGCU